UGCUCCAGCCUAUCCUUUGAAUGAGCAAGCUGGCCCGGGAGGGGCCGAACCCGCCCCCCGAGGAGGGGCUGCAUUGCAGGGGGAGCCCAGCAGAGCAGAGCUAGGAGAGCAGACAAAGCCUCAGAGCCCGCCGAGGACACCCCAAGCAGACCCCGCGUGUUGACGAGUGGUUUCUUUCUAGGAAGUCAUGAGGGAUCCUGUGAGUAGCCAGUACAACUCCUUCCUUUUCUGGAGGAUGCCCAUUCCAGAGCUGGAUCUGUCAGAGCUGGAAGACCUGGGUCUGUCGGAUGCGUCUACCUACAAGAGCAAAGAGAGCAACGCCGGAACGAUGACCGGGCAAGCGGCUGGAGCAGAGUCAGGGAAGACUCCCGAAGGCGAGGAUCUCCUCGAAUACAGCACGUUCAACUUCUGGAGAGCCCCUGUUGCCAGCGUCCACCCCUUCGAAUUGGAAUUACUCUAAGGCCAAGACUUCUCUCUCCCACACCUGCCUGUGUGGUCUUCUCUUUCAAGCCCCUUCCCACCUUUCCCCACUUUAAUCUUGCUGUCCCCUCUGUUGUGUAGAGGUGGUGCUGAGUAACCUGCCAGAGUUGUAUUGUUAUUUAUUUAUUUAUUUAUUUAUUUAUUUAUUUAUUAUUUAUUUAUAGAUUUGUCUUAUUGGUUUCUCUCAAAGCCCUCGAGGCACAAAAAAGUUUUAAGCCAAGGGUUGAAUCACAGGAUGUCUCGCUGUUAUUAAUUCCAGAAAAUAGGCCUGAUGGGAGCAUCCAGGAGUAAUACACGAGUUUCAAAUGGAGAACUCAUUUCUUUCCCACCCCACCCCAUUUUUAAUCGGCUCCAGAAAUUGCUCACCUCUCCCCAAUUUUCUGCAACUGGGCAGUAAAUAGUGAAGAGUUGAGGAAAACAUGUGAAGUUUUAAUUUGAUGGCUGCUAGGAGAACGGUGGAUUUCUAAGAUUGCUUAUUUGAACCUGCUUAUAAGACUGAGAAAAUUGUAGGUGACGGUAUAAAAUGAGAUAACAUCAUAGAAAAUAAGAAUGGGGAAGCAUGCAAUCAUUUCUGAAACUGCAAUAUGCUCUCUAAAAUAUGCUUUCUCUGAGUCUGCUCACUUUACAGCUUUGCUCCUGGGGGUUGAAAAGCGCUGGAAAAAAUUUUUGAUUUUAGGGUUAGGGAUAUGUGGUUGGUUCUUCAAGGCUAUGAGGCUCAGUGUUUCAUUCUAUAUUAAGGGGGGGGUGCUAGUAAAAGAAAGAAAACUACUGAUUUCAGAUUUUGAAAAGCAAUCUUGCUAUCAUAAUGAUAAAGUUCUAAAGGGCUUAGGGUUUGGUCCCUAGUCUGCCAAUGUCUACCCACAAGGCCCAGUUGACAAAUCAAUGUCAGUUGUCAAAUGUCAGAAUUUGAAACUUUGAGAUGAAUUACAUUUUACAUUCUGAUCCUAUACCUUGUCCCCACUCCUCCCCACAACUGCUGCUGAUUUGUGCCAUUUAUUUUUAUUUAAUAAAGACACUGAACCCA